AUGUUCAGAACCGUGGGUUUGCGACAGUCUUUCCGGGCAGCUCGAUUUGCCCAGGUCCCCCGUAGAUUCAAUUCAACUACCGCCAAAGAGGGCAAGAUGAAUUUGAAAACGUUGGCCAAAAAGUACGGCUGGGUAGCCACCGGUGUUUAUAUCGGCCUUUCGAUGGUCGAUUUGCCACUUUGCUAUUUGGCGGUGCACUCUCUUGGUACCGACAAAUUCAUUGACUACGAAGUGUACCUUCGAGAGAAAAGUGGAUAUACAGUCCCUCGCGAUGAAACAUAUGUGAGCAAAGCUGCUCAGAGUAAACACGGCAUGUUUCUUACCGAGUUGACUGUGGCCUACGUUAUCCACAAAUCCUUAAUCGUGUUCCGUUUGCCAUUGACUGUAUCUAUUACUCCUGGCAUUGCUCGUAAGCUCAGCGAAUGGGGAUUCAAGGUCGGCCCUGCAGCCGUGAAAACCGCAGGCUCGGCAGCGGCGGCGGGCGUCGUGGGCGGCAGUGAAGCCGCUAAGAACGCAGCAAAAGAGACUGUCAAGAAAGAAUUUGGCACUCGACCUAGCUCAACAAAGCGCUGGUUCUCUGGAUUCUUCUGA